GAGUGAGUGAGAGAGAGAGAAAUGAGGAACUCACUUUGGCUGAGAGGAAAUGCAAUAACGAUACGAAGCGAUUGGAAACUUUGCGAAGGCAAAAGCAGAAGAAAAGGGUUGAGCCCCUUCUCCUUAAUCGUUUCUUCAAUGCCUUACGAGAAGGAGCUCGCUGCUGCAAAGAAAGCUACCUCUCUCGCUGCUUGUCUCUGCCAAAAAGUACAAAAGGCUCUUUUGCAGUCCGAUGUCCACUCAAAAUCUGACAAAAGUCCAGUUACUGUGGCUGAUUAUGUUGCUGCUCUCAUUCAUGGAGGUUUUGCUGAAGUGCUGAUUCACUUCAUAUUGUGUUGCUGACAUGUGGUUAACAGGUUCACAAGCCUUGGUCAGCUAUAUACUUGAGAGAGAACUUCCUUCUGAACCAUUUUCAUUAGUAGCCGAGGAGGAUUCAGGAGAUCUUCGUAAGGAAAGUGGCCAGGAUACGCUGAAGCGGAUUACAGAACUUGUCAAUGAUACUCUUGCUAGUGAAGGAUCAAAUAGUUUUUCUACUUUAACAACAGAUGAUGUGCUUAGGGCCAUUGACAAUGGUAAGUCUGAAGGUGGUUCUGUUGGGCGCCACUGGGUUUUGGAUCCAAUAGAUGGUACUAAAGGGUUUGUAAGAGGAGAUCAAUAUGCUAUAGCAUUAGCUUUGCUACAUGAGGGGAAAGUUGUAUUGGGUGUCUUGGCUUGUCCGAAUCUUCCACUGGCAUCCAUUGGCUGUAAUCAGCAGCAUUCUUCUUCAAAUGAAGUUGGUUGUCUUUUCUUUGCUGAAGUUGGUGAUGGAGCAUAUAUGCAGGCAUUGGGUGGUUCUACACAAACUAGGGUGCAUGUCAGUGCUAUUGAUAAUCCAGAAGAAGCAUCAUUUUUUGAAUCUUUUGAAGCAGCACACUCCUCACAUGACUUGUCUAGCUCCAUUGCAGAAAAACUUGGUGUCAAAGCACCACCGGUCAGAAUUGAUAGCCAAGCAAAAUAUGGAGCUUUGUCAAGAGGAGAUGGGGCUAUAUAUUUACGUUUUCCUCACAAAGGAUACCGUGAAAAAAUAUGGGACCAUGCUGCUGGCAGCAUUGUUGUGACUGAAGCUGGAGGCAUUGUCACGGAUGCUGCAGGGAACCCUUUGGACUUUUCAAAAGGAAAGUUUCUUGAUGUUGUUUCUGGUAUUAUUGUUACAAACCAGAAAUUGAUGCCGUCACUUCUGAGAGCAGUUAAAGAUGCGAUCAAUGAGAAAGCAUCAUCCUUGUGAUUUCUGAUAAACAUAUGAUUCUACAACUGAUUGCUAACUUCGUGAAUUCGAGAUCUGAAAUCCAAGAGAGAAAUGAGGGAACCAUCGUCGGUGGGAUUCGAAGGCAACGGCGUCGUUUCUCCGCCGCCACAAGCUCUACUCGAGAGGCUCAAGGACUACGGUCAAGAAGACGCUUUUGCCCUCUGGGACGAGCUUUCCCCCGAAGAACGCGACCUUCUCGUCAAGGACAUCGAGAGUUUAGAUCUUUCGAGAAUUGAUCGGAUUAUUCGAUGCUCACUACGAUCUCAAGGGCUACCGGCAGCUGCUAUUGAACCUGUGCCGGAGAGCAGUGUGUCGACGGUGGAGGAGAGAAGCCAAGAGGAUCGAGAGAGAUGGUGGAAGAUGGGAUUGAAGGCUAUUUCAGAUGGAAAGUUAGCUGUAUUGCUUUUAUCUGGUGGCCAGGGGACUCGACUUGGAAGUUCAGAUCCAAAAGGAUGCUUCAAUAUUGGACUUCCAUCUGGAAAAUCGCUUUUUCAACUUCAAGCUGAGAAGAUUUUAUGUGUACAGAGACUAGCUGCUCAAGCUACAAAUGAGACUUCUGCUUCCUCAGCACAAAUACACUGGUACAUAAUGACUAGUCCAUUCACUGAUGAAGCAACACGCAAAUUCUUUGAAAAUCAUAAAUUUUUUGGUCUUGAGGCAGAACAGGUUACCUUUUUUCAGCAAGGAACAAUCCCAUGUGUUUCCAAGGAUGGUAGAUUUAUUAUGGAGACUCCAUACAGGGUAGCAAAGGCUCCUGAUGGGAAUGGUGGAGUGUAUUCAGCUCUGAAAUCUACCAAAUUACUGGAGGAUAUGGCCUCAAAAGGAAUUAAGUAUAUUGAUUGCUAUGGAGUUGACAAUGCACUGGUUCGAGUUGCUGAUCCAACCUUUUUAGGUUACUUCAUUGAUAAAGGUGUAGCUGCUGCUGCAAAAGUUGUCCGCAAGGCAUAUCCACAUGAAAAGGUUGGUGUGUUUGUUCGGCGAGGUAAAGGUGGUCCUCUUACGGUAGUUGAAUACAGCGAGUUGGACCCAUCACUAGCUUCUGCAGUCAAUCAAGCAACUGGCCGUCUUCGAUUUUGUUGGAGUAAUGUCUGCUUACACAUGUUCACUUUGGAUUUUCUCAACCAAGUGGCAAAUGGACUUGAAAAAGACAGCAUUUACCAUCUUGCGGAGAAGAAAAUCCCUUCCAUACAUGGGUAUACAAUGGGAUUAAAACUUGAACAGUUUAUAUUUGAUGCGUUUCCAUAUGCUCCAACAACUGCACUUUUUGAGGUAUUACGAGAGGAGGAAUUUGCACCAGUAAAAAAUGCAAAUGGAUCCAAUGUUGACACUCCAGACAGCGCAAAACUGCUAGUUCUUCGACUCCAUACUCGUUGGGUUGUUGCUGCAGGUGGCUUCUUAACACAUUCAGUGCCUUUAUAUGCAACAGGUGUUGAAGUGUCGCCACUCUGUUCAUAUGCUGGUGAAAACCUGGAACCCAUAUGUCGAGGAAGAACAUUUCAUGCGCCAUGUGAGAUCACAUUCUAGUUCUGCUCUGUUUGUGAGUCGUUGUGACUUACACUACAACGAGGGAUUUCUCAGUUCCAUACAGCUUGCAAGAUUAAUUUGUGAAUGCCACUCUUCAUUCACUUGUAUCAAUAUACAUGUAUCUUCUCCAAUCUGUUUCUGAUUGGCUUGUUUUUUGGUUUGUCGUUUUUCGGCCAACGGUCUGUUUUAGUGCUGCUGAGGAAUGUACAUGUAUCAUAAUUUUUACUUAGCAUUUAUUUGCCCAUGCUGACUCGAUUAUUUCAUCCUAUUUUUCCUUUUCCUUC